CUUUAUAAAAUUCGGCGAGGAUUCAGUUAAUCCUCUAGAUCGAACGCGUAUCCAUCCCAAUGAUUACGACUUAGCUAUCAAGAUGGCGGCUGAUGCAUUAGAUGUAGAACAUGAGCAGUUUAUUGAAGGGCAUAAGGAUACAUCUGCGAUUAUCGAAGAUGUAAUAAAACAUCCUAAAAAACUCAAUAUCUUAAACCUCGAUAAGUUUGCUGAUGUACUGAAAACAAUGUUUAGUACAUCUCGUAAGAUUGCUCUAUACAAUAUCCAGAACGAACUUUCAAAACCAUACUCUGAUAAACGACACAAAUUUCCUGAGCUAUCCACUGAUGAACAAUUUGACUUUUUAAUGAAAGAUGAGACUCUUUCCCCUAAUAUGAUUGUUGCAGUGGAAAUAUACCGCGUAGAGGAUAACUACGCCAAAGGAAGGCUUACACAAUCGGGGCUCGAUGGAUACAUCAACAUUAAAAAUAUUUCUGACGAAAAUAUUCACAAGGCCAGUCAAGUUUUAUCGAAAGGACAAAAAUGUAUGGAAAUUCCAACAGUUGAAAAAGAUCCGUUCUAUGACCGAGAUGCUGAAAUUAGAUUCUCAUUAGAUAAAACAAAUGAUAUAUCUCGUAAACUUAUAAUGCCCGUUCUUCCAAAAAGCAUCGACCACUACCUAUAUAAAAGGAUGACAUAUAAGGAGGCAGAAGAAUUCUUGGCAUCUAAAAAGGUUGGAGAUUUAGUCAUUCGUCCGUCGAGAACCAAACGAAAUGAAGGUCUGGCGAUCACCUGGAAGAUAGCGCCCGAUAUUUAUCAGCACAUUGUGGGUUCUUAUGAAUACGAUGAUAUUGAUGAAUUAAUCGUAACGCAUAUUGAAGCUUCUUCGAGGAAAGUCGAAGAGUUGUGCUCUCACCCAAAGUAUCGACACUCUGCAGAUGAGCUUGCAACGUAUAUAGAAACAUCUAUAACAGCGAAUCCAAGACAAUGCGCUUACGGCUUUUACUUGGACCGCAAAAAUCCGGGUAAUUUUUAUCUUGGAUAUAAAUUAUCUGCAGACUGGACGAAGUCCCAUUGGGUUGGCAGUAUAAGACCAGAUCGUUUCAUUUUAAACAACGAAACAUACAGUGACAUAUCGAAAAUGAUUUCAGGAUUUAAAAAAUCCAUGUCAAUGAAAAUGAAGAGUCGAAUUUCUGGCGGUCGUUGA